AUGAAUGCGGUGGCUGAGGCAAUGCGUGAGGCUGCAGUAGCAGCGGCUAGGGCUGUUGAUCGUCUUGGAGUUAAACCGCCUAAGUUUAAAGGUACACUCGUGGCGACUGAUGCUGACAACUGGUUUCGAGCUAUUGAACGAUCACUGCGAGCGCAGCAUGUUUCGGAAGGCCAGCACUAUUUUCCGAGGGCAGCUCGUGAUGCUAAGGAGAUGGAACUUAUGCAGCUGAAACAGGGUAACACAACUGUUGCAGAAUAUGCCCGUAAGUUUGAUGACUUGUGCCGUUUCUCUAAGAUCUGCCAAGGGAAUCCUGCUGACUUUGAAGAAUGGAAGUGUUUGAAGUUCGAAGGGGGCCUUCGUGAGGAUUUGAUGAGUUCAGUAGUUCCAUUGGAGAUACGAAAUUUUGCCGAGCUGGUUAAUAAGUGUAAGUUAGUGGAAGAAUGUGCUAAGAAGGUAAUUGCCUCUAAAGCAAGUCGUCAAGGAUUUCCACCAAGGAACUACAAUAAUUAUAAUUGGCAACCACGAAGGACAUACUUUAUAUCGGAAUUCUGUAAGAGUUGCAUUAGAUGGGAGUGA